GCCUCCAAAAUAUGAUGGCAAAUCACCUUGUAAAACCUGAUUCUAGAAAUUGCAAGAGACCAAGAGAAUUGGAGCCUGAAAUGCCACAGCUGUCCUCUCCUGAAAAAUCAGAUGCAUCUUUUUCUGAGUGUUCUGGACUAUUUUAUAAAGAUGAAGCUCCAGAGAAAGAUUUGAGUGAUAUGAGCAAGGAAAUUAAUCAGAUGUUGUCUACAUAUGCAAAGAUUUUAAGUGAAAGAGCAGCAGUAGAUGCAUCUUACAUUGACGAGAUAGAUGGACUCUUCAGAGAAGCUAACACUAUUGAAAACUUUCUAAUACAAAAAAAAGAGUUCCUGAAACAGAGGUUUACAGUUAUUGCAAACACGCUGAAGAGUGAUAAUUAUACUUAAAAUACACUGAGAAUUUAAACCUGUGGUUGUGAUGAAAGAAUGACCUUUAUGCUCUGAAAGCUCUAGUUAAAGAAAAUGUAUAUCUUUAGGGGAACUACCUUGAAUAUUUUUCUAGACUUAAAAGGACUUUUAAGCUGCACAUAAUGUGAACAGUCUGUUACUUUGGUUUAUCAAA